UUGGCUGCUGCUUUCUACGUCGUUCUGAUCCCUUUAAAGGUGGGGGUCAUGAUGGAGGAUGUGGAGGAAGAAGGCGGGAGCCAGCCGAAGGCUGGAGAAUCUCGGUUGACAUAGUAACUCUUGAGCUGCAACUCCCUUUGCUCCGGGCUCUCAGGCUCCGCUGCCACCCUCCGCCCCGCCUUCACUCACUCGGCCCCGGAGCCAGGACCUCCUCCUUACGGGGUCCCCUUUGUGGCCCCCUAAGUGGCCACUUGUCUCCGAAUUAACAGCAAAGCUGCUCUCUGAGCUCAGGACGCUCUCAGGUUGCCAAGCGUCCGCAACCCCGGCCUCUCACCCUGGUCGCCUGGGCACCCGCGCGCCCCGGGACAGUCGGCGAGUGGCGCGGACGCUGCCUGGGGGUCCCACUGGGACGUCUCCCCUCGGAGCCGGACCUGGGGCCCGGCCGGCGUCCCCGUUAUGAACCGGAGCCCAGCGUUCGGGCCUCGGAGAGGCGGCUCUCCCCGGGGCAUGGCUGGGGCCGGCGCGCGGCGCAACGAGAGCCAGGACUACCUGCUCAUGGACCCCGAGCUGGGGGACGAAGGCUGCUCGCAGCCCCCACUGCCUCCCUACGGCUACUACCCCUGCGUCCGAGGCACCGACAACAGACUGGCCCACCGGCGGCAGACAAUUCUCCGUGAGAAAGGGAGAAGGUUAGCUAACCGAGGACCAGCGUACAUGUUUAAUGAUCACUCAACAAGCCUAUCUGCUGAAGAGGAGCGCUUUUUAGAUGCAGCCGAAUAUGGCAACAUCCCCGUGGUGAGAAAGAUGUUGGAAGAAUGCCUGUCACUCAACGUUAACUGUGUGGAUUACAUGGGCCAGAAUGCCCUGCAGUUGGCAGUGGCCAAUGAGCACCUGGAAAUUACAGAACUUCUACUCAAGAAAGAAAAUCUCUCUCGUGUUGGGGAUGCAUUACUUCUAGCUAUUAGUAAAGGUUAUGUUCGGAUUGUGGAAGCCAUUCUCAAUCAUCCAGCUUUUGCUGAAGGAAAGAGGUUAGCAACCAGCCCCAGCCAAUCUGAACUCCAGCAAGAUGAUUUUUAUGCCUAUGAUGAGGAUGGCACACGGUUCUCCCAUGAUGUGACUCCAGUCAUUCUGGCUGCCCACUGCCAGGAAUAUGAAAUCGUGCACACCCUCUUGCGGAAGGGUGCUCGGAUUGAACGGCCUCACGAUUAUUUCUGCAAAUGCAAUGAGUGCAACCAGAAACAGAAACAUGACUCCUUUAGCCACUCCAGAUCUAGGAUCAAUGCCUAUAAAGGUCUGGCAAGUCCAGCUUAUCUGUCAUUGUCUAGUGAAGAUCCAGUCAUGACAGCCUUAGAACUCAGUAAUGAGCUAGCAGUGCUGGCCAACAUUGAGAAAGAGUUCAAGAAUGACUACAAGAAACUGUCAAUGCAGUGCAAAGAUUUUGUGGUAGGACUCCUUGAUCUGUGCAGAAAUACUGAGGAAGUCGAGGCCAUUCUGAAUGGGGAUGUUGAAACACACCACGGCGGUGGAGACAGUCGUCCAAACCUCAGCCGUUUAAAACUUGCCAUUAAAUAUGAAGUAAAAAAAUUUGUAGCUCAUCCAAAUUGUCAACAGCAGCUCCUCUCCAUAUGGUAUGAGAACCUGUCCGGUUUGCGGCAGCAGACGGUGGCAGUCAAGUUUCUCGUGGUCCUGGCCGUUGCUGUCGGACUGCCCUUCCUGGCUCUUGUUUACUGGUUUGCUCCGUGCAGCAAGAUGGGGAAGAUAAUGCGCGGACCAUUCAUGAAGUUUGUAGCACAUGCAGCCUCCUUCACCAUUUUCCUGGGACUGCUAGUCAUGAAUGCAGCUGACAGAUUUGAAGGCACCAAACUCCUUCCUAAUGAAACCAGCACAGAUAAUGCAAAACAGCUGUUCAGGAUGAAAACAUCCUGCUUCUCAUGGAUGGAGAUGCUCAUUAUAUCCUGGGUAAUAGGCAUGAUAUGGGCUGAAUGUAAAGAAAUUUGGACUCAAGGCCCCAAGGAAUAUUUGUUUGAAUUGUGGAAUAUGCUUGAUUUUGGUAUGUUAGCGAUCUUUGCAGCAUCAUUCAUUGCCAGGUUCAUGGCAUUUUGGCAUGCUUCCAAAGCUCAGAGCAUCAUUGAUGCAAAUGAUACUUUGAAGGACUUAACAAAAGUCACACUGGGAGACAAUGUGAAAUACUACAAUUUGGCCAGGAUAAACUGGGACCCCGCUGAUCCUCAAAUUAUAUCUGAAGGUCUUUAUGCAAUUGCUGUAGUUUUAAGUUUCUCCAGAAUAGCUUAUAUCUUACCAGCAAAUGAAAGCUUUGGACCUCUGCAGAUAUCACUUGGAAGAACAGUCAAAGACAUCUUUAAGUUCAUGGUCAUAUUCAUCAUGGUGUUUGUGGCCUUCAUGAUUGGAAUGUUCAACCUCUACUCUUACUACAUUGGUGCAAAACAAAAUGAAGCCUUCACAACAGUCGAGGAGAGUUUUAAGACACUGUUCUGGGCUAUAUUUGGACUUUCUGAAGUGAAAUCAGUGGUCAUCAACUGUAAUCAUAAGUUUAUUGAAAACAUUGGUUAUGUUCUUUAUGGAGUCUAUAACGUUACAAUGGUCAUUGUUUUGCUAAACAUGUUAAUUGCAAUGAUCAACAGUUCAUUCCAGGAAAUUGAGGGUGAUGCUGAUGUGGAGUGGAAAUUUGCAAGGGCCAAGCUUUGGUUUUCAUACUUCGAGGAGGGAAGAACUCUUCCUGUUCCCUUCAACCUGGUGCCAAGUCCAAAGUCCCUGUUCUAUGUCAUACUGAAGCUUAAGAAGUGGAUUUCUGAGCUGUUCCAGGGCCAUAAAAAAGGUUUCCAGGAGGAUGCAGAGAUGAACAAGAGAAAUGAAGAAAAGAAAUUUAGAAUUUUGGGGAGUCACGAAGACCUUUCAAAAUCAUCACUUGACAGAAAACAGCCUGGGCAUAGUAAACAAUCAAGCAUAAGAAGCUCAGAAGAUUUCCAGUUAAAUAGUUUCAAUAAUCCUCCAAGACAAUAUCAGAAAAUAAUGAAGAGGCUUAUUAAAAGAUAUGUCCUAAAAGCCCAGAUGGAUAAGGAAAGUGACGAAGUGAAUGAAGGGGAACUGAAGGAAAUUAAACAGGACAUCUCAAGUCUCCGCUAUGAACUCUUGGAAGAAAAAACUCAGAAUUCAGAAGAUCUAGCAGAACUUAUUAGAAAACUUGGGGAGAAAUUAUCAAUGGAACCAAAUCAAGAGGAAAGCAACAGAUAAUGCAAAGACUCUCCUAAAGUCAUAUUUAUUUGUUCACUUGAAACCAUAUUAUUUUCUGAUUUAUUUUUUUAAGUGCCAAUGUAACCACCUUUUAAACAAGAAAAUGUGUAAAGAUAACUCGGGUCAUACUAGCUUCUGGAACCCUAACAUUUAAUAUUUUUCAUGGACCAACUUAAUUGUUGAGGUUAAAGAUUUCAGAGUAUGAUAAAAAUUAUGCCCAGUUGUUUGGUGCUUGUUUUAUAGAUUGCUUUCUUAGGUAUAACUAUUGUGAGGUGUGAUUGCAGUAUAGUAUCUGCCUGGUAAUCAGCUCAGCUGGCAAGGGACACACACACCAUUCAUUCUGUGAUGGUGAUUUCAGGCGCCUUCUUGCCUGUUCUGUGUAUCCCCUGAAAUCUAAUAAAACAAAAAAUCUAUGGUCAUCUACAGAAUGCUAUUUAAUCAUCUAUCAUGCUUAGCCCCUGCAGAAUAUAUCUGAUAAUGUCUGCACAAAAUGGGGUUCAAUCUUUCCUAAACUUUUUGAUUCAUCUCUCUGAAAAUAUUCUACCUAUCAGUGAAAAAGUGCUUCCUCCACUGAACCCUAAAACAUGCUCCUGAGUGUGUAUGUGUGUGUGUGAAAUGCUCACCCCAUUUCAUCUGCAGCCAGUAUGAACCCUCAGAAGCUCUUUAUGUUAUAGUUUUUAUUGUGAUUAAAAAAUUAUUGACCAAGUAAGAACCCUUUAUGGAGAGGUAUCGAAGCCACAGAGAACUGUGGUCAUUUGGUCCAACUAGAAUACAAUUUUUGUGGCAUUUCCCAGGGGCUUUACAGGUGAAUUCCCACGUUUGGCAUCAACUAUAAAGAAAAAAAGUACUGAAGGAACUUGCAAAUAGUUGUCUCUUAUUAUAAGUAUGUUCUAUCCUCCUCUCAAAAUAUAGAAAACAAAUUUGUGUUCCUGUUAAUUCACCAAGAGGUUAUUACUGACUAAUGAUAAGAGUCAGUAGUAGCUAAAACAAGUAAAAGAGAAAUGAAGGUUCAUCUGUUUAACCCAAAGACCACUAAUAUGUAGUUGAUGCUGAGCAUUAACUGAAAAUGAAGCUUUAAAUUCAAUAAAGAAGGUCUCCACGUGCAAAAAUGUAACUUCAUGUUAAAGAUAAAAUGGUCACAGAAAAUCUGUUUAGUACUGAAUUUGACUGAACUUAAGUCAAAGGACUUUUAUGUAACCAGCAGAAAAUAUAGCUGAAAUUUUGUAUUUGGUGAUUUUGUAUUUAUGGAUAUUAUUUACUGUUAUUUAGUGAUACAUGAAAAGGUCUGCUUUCAAACGUUUGGUGACAAUAUUUGGAUCAGAAGUUGCAAAAAUCAACCUCAUACCAAACACAUUAUCAGCAAAUUAAAAUAAUUGAACAUCCACAAAACUUGAGCAUCAAUCAAGCCGUGUGAGAUUGGCCUCCAUGCCACGAAGUCAUCGGAUUUUCCUCAAGGCGCAGUUGGACUGGCACCUCUUCCAAUUUCUUUUUAACUGAAAGAUGUAAAGAGAAAACAAGCAUAUUUUUAUGAAACGUUUUUAGAGAGCUUAAUUAGAGGCACAUUGUCAAAGAAUGGUCAUAAACAUAACCUUUUUAAGUCUCAAGACCACUGACUUUAAAUCCUGUAUUCCUGUUGCAGUCAGCUUAACCUCUCCAAUAAAGCAAUUAGUAAGUUGAAAUGUAUUGA